AUGUGGCCGCUACCUCUGCUCUUCAGGAGGCGGGAAACUUCAACCCUCUGGUGUAAGGAGCCAAACAUCAGAAGGGGAAGGCAGAACUUUAAAGGCACCCCUAAAUCCUGUAACUGGCUGGAGCUGACUGCAGCUAAUGGCUUUGACAUCCCUUAUGUGGGCUUUAUUGAGAUGGACGUGACUGUAUUUGGUCAGGUUGUACCGAACCGGGGUAUUCUGGUUGUUAAGGACCCCCCAGGGACAGACCCAAAUAGAACUGCAUUGGUCAUCGAGGAAGCCAGCUGGACCUCCACAACGGCAACGGCUCCUACCGUUCUCCUGUACUUUCCGCACCCCACAACAAUCAUGGCCACUGAACAAGAGCUCAGAGACUUGGUCCAGCAGCUCCAGGCCCGCCCACCUAGCCUAACGGCAAACUCGGAGUUCACAGAGCUGCGACAGCUUCUAGAAAAGCAACAGGAACAGUUAAAUCAACUGACCCAGGGGUUGUUGGCAUUGCAGACAGCCCCCCGACCUCCAGUCAGGCGACCUAACACCCUACUGUGCCUCCGCUGUCAAAAACCCGGCCAUUUUGCUCGGGAGUGUGAUAAUGAGCGGUUCAUUCCACAGGCUCGGCCUCAGCAUGUGGCCGCUACCUCUGCUCUUCAGGAGGCGGGAAACUUCAACCCUCUGGUGUAA